AUGGCUAGCGCAGGACUCGGUGUGCCCGUAAAACUACUGCACGAAUCUCUCGGACACAUCAUCACUGUCGAGCUCAAAACUGGGGCGAUGUAUCGAGGAAAAUUGGCUGAAGCGGAGGACAACCUGAACAUCUCCUUAAAAGACAUUACCGUCACUGGUCGCGAUGGCCGCGUAUCUCAAUUAGAUCAGGUCUACAUUCGCGGGAGUAUGGUUCGCUUCUUCAUCGUGCCUGACAUGCUGCAAAACGCGCCAAUGCAAGUUAUCGAAUGUGUUCUCCACUCUCUUUUCUUUCUCACUUUGGAUGGUAGGUUCAAACGCGUGGGACCCAACGCGAUGAGGGGCAGGGGUAUCGGCACAGCGAGAGGAAGAGCGACGAUUAUGCGAGGUCAGUCUCAGACUUGUUUGCCUUUCACACUCGAUAUUGACAUUUCUGGUUCUAGCAAAUGGUGUGUAUCUGAUCUCAACAGACUCUCUCUUCUAUCCACUGAUGUUAUUUGUAGCCCGUCGUGGCCGCGGGUCCGCCCCAACCCCAUCGCGCGGUAUAAGACGGUGAAGGAGGGCGAAUCAAAUAGAGCGGUUAGGCAGGUCCGCGCUGUAAAUCGCGCCUGCGAUGCCUGUCGACGAAGGAAAACGCGUUGCGACGGGCCCAAACAGGUCAACAGUGUUUGCUCCAGCUGCCGUGUCCUGGGAAAGUCAUGCACAUACCUUGAAGCAUCAACUCCUCGAGGGCCACCAAAAGCUUAUGUUACCGCACUCGAAGAUAGGCUUGAACAACUCGAGGAACUGCUGCAUCACGUCCGUCCGGAUGCCGAUUUCAGCUCUGAACUUGGACCCCCUAUUGUCCGUGGCUCAUGGAAAGACGACAUCGGAGGCAGCAGCAGCAGCAGCGCUGGCAAAGCAAGUGCGCGAUCACGGCGACCAAGCUCACCACCACGGACAAGCAUUCGCUUCACCUCCCAUCUUGCACUCAACUCUCACUGGAGACAGGACAAUUCUGACUCUGACGACUCCGACGAGCUCAACUCAUCCGACUCGGAGAACAUGGCGGACGUAAUCAAGGGUGACUUGCGCAAACUCACUGCGACCUAUGACCAAGGCAAACGGUCCUCUGGCGAUGAUCCACUCGAUACUAUCACCACACGUUUUCACGGGAAAAGUAGUUUGAUUAGUCUUAUUGACAUGACCAGGCGCUACAGAGAGCUCUUCAUCGAAGAGGAGAAUAAGCAACAGGACGAGCAGAAGCCUAAAACACUCAAGGAUCAUUAUACCCCCACCCGCAGGAAUGAAUUCUGGGAGCCUCUUCCCUGGGAGGUAGAAUGGGAACGAUCUACUACUGAUGUCCACCAAAUUGGGUCCCUCGUCAAAGAGUUUCCUCCGGAUUCACUCGCGAGUGACCUCAUCAACAUCUAUUUUGCAUCCGUCAACCCACAACUGCCUCUCCUCCACCGCCCGACUUUCGAACGUCAGUUCCAGGAAAAGCUGCACCAUCGCCACCAUUGGUUCGCCUGCGUGUGCCUCUCGCUCUUCGCCGUUGCCAGUCGCUGGAGCAAUGACCCCUUGGUUCUACCCCGAAACUGCAGACGAACCACCUCCGGCGGGUUUGAUUGGAGUGAGGCGGGACGUCACUAUUAUUCUCUUGCAAUGGAAAUCCAUCGCUCAAAACGCACCCUUCUCUACCCCGCAUGUUUGGAAGAGGUCCAAACAUUCAGCCUCAUUGCAUUCUACCUGCGCGGCUCGGCUUCGCACCCGUCUGCCGCCUGGAUAUUUGUCAGCAUCGGGCUGAGAAAGGCACUGGAUGUGGGUGCCCAUCGUCAGAAAAUCUACAGCGACACGCCUAGUGUAGAAGAGGAGCUUUGGAAAAGAGCGGUGUGGUGUCUGAUCGCGUACGACCGCUUUGGCAGCGCGAUACUGGGCCGUCCAUGUGCCCUUGACGAAGAGGACUUUGACCUCGAUAUGUGUCUAGAAGUCGACGACGAAUUCUGGGAGGCGGAUCCUCCGUUUAAACAACCGAGCGAAAUUCCCUGCCGCAUCACGUACUUCAAUCUCUGGCUCCGAUUAGCGCAAAUCGUGACCUUUACUGUGAAAACAAUUUACGCGAUCCCCAAUCCUGCGGCGCUGCUAGGAAGGAUAGCAAAGGUCCGCACCGAGGAAGUCACCGCCCAGUUGACACAGUCGCUGCAAGAUUGGCUUCAUUCAGUGCCCGACUACUUGCGUUGGUCGCCUCAAAUCGAGGAUGAGGUGUUUGCAAACCAGUCAGCAUGUUUGAUCGCGACGUACUAUCUGGCGGAAAUCCUGAUUUGGCGGGCAUUCAUCCCACCAGUCCCGACCCCAACGAUGCCAAACCCGCCCGCCCAUCACAUCAACUCGUCCGUUCCCGCGCUUAGCUACUGCGUGACCUCUGCGCGCUCAAUAACACAGAUCGCUGAGGUCCAAUGUGCCCGUGGCUGGAGACACGUGCCUAUCCUCAUAGCGGUUGGCCAACUGGCGGUAGGAAUCCUCACCUUAGCUGUAUGGGAUGCCAAGUCUCAGGGCCAUACCGGAAACCACAGGAGGAUAUUCGAGGACGUUAAACCCCCGCCAGCGCAGACAGUUAGACUGCUGAUGGACGAUAUCAACACACUGAUCAGGUCGCUAGAGGUGGUCGGUGGGCAUUGGGAAGAAGUGACCAGCUUGAUAAACACUUUGAAGGAUGCCCUUCCCAAAGAGGCAUUUGAUCAUCACUGA